UCACAGGGUCACCACGCCAAGGAGCGUGAUCAGAGAAAAGAGACCCCCUCGCAUAACCAAGAGGAGAUACGAGGAGAGAGAGAGAGAGUGAGAGAGAGAGAGAGAGAGCGAGUGCAAGAGAGAGAGGUGUGGAAUUUCGAGAUCAAACAUGGCUCAGAAACCUGCAACUCUGCAGAUCGGCAUCGUAGGAUUUGGUCACCUAGGGCAGUUUCUCACGGAGAAGAUUCAGAAGGAUGGAGUGGAUGCAGGACUCAGUCUGGCAUUUGUGUGGAACAGGAACCCAGAGAAGCUGAAAGGUGCUGUUCCUGAGGAACUCGUUCUGCACAGUCUACAAGACUUCCCACAAAGAGGCGCUGACGUGAUUGUGGAAGUGUGUCACCCUCAGAUCGUGAAAGAUUUCGGGGCUCAGUUCCUGUCCAAGUCUCAUUUUCUGGUGGGAAGCCCCUCGGCCCUCUCUGACCCCGACCUCAACCAGCAGCUGCGCCAUGCAGCAAAGCAUCAUGGGAGAACCCUGUAUGUGCCCAGUGGAGCAUUGUGGGGUGGCCAGGACAUCCAGAAGCUCAAUGACUGUGGAACUCUGACAGCCUUAUUGGUCCGUAUGUCUAAGCAUCCGUCCUGCUUCCGCUUGGCCAAAGACCUGCUGGGUGCCUGGAAAGAGGACGAGGGCAGGAGGGUGCUCAUCAGUGGCUCGGUGGCAGACAUCUGCCCCAUCGCCCCUAACAACGUCAACACCAUGGCUGCAGCUGCCAUCGCCGGCUCAACGCUGGGCUUCACCGGAGUCCGCGGGGAACUUGUGUCAGACACAGCCCUGAGAGACUAUCAUGUGGUGGAGGUGGAGGUGACUGGCGUGGACGGCUUCACGGUCAAAACGGUCAGAAUGAAUCCGGCCAAGAUAGGAGCCGUGACUGGCAACGCCACCUACAACUCUUUCUGGAGCAGUUUACUACUUUGCACAGGUCAUGGGGGACGUGUCUACUUGUGCUGAUGUUGCUGAAAGGCUUAGAAGGAAGUCUUGGAUACGUUCACCUAAUUUGAAAUGUCUCCCUCAUUGUGAAUGUCACAUUUAGUCUGGUUUAUCAGGCUACAAUUCUUUGACAUUUCUUGGUCAAUGUAGCUUUUCUACACUGACAGAACACAUUUCAUGUACAAUGUACAAACUACGCUUCAUGUACAAAUAAAAACUCAAUCAAUAUAAUGCUAAUAUAUAUAUUUUUUAUUUCUGUCAUAUUUGAUUUCUCAGGUGCACAAGAACACACAAAAACAAAUUCUAACAUGGAGUGUGUGUGCGUGCAUGCAUGCACAAAGAAUUACAGAAUCAUGUUCCGAGGCUUAUUUUUAGACACAACACUGUUUCUCAACAAGGCAAAAAGGAUCUGUUUUCAAUCACAGUAGCGGUUCAGAACCAGUCAAACACAAU